CCAACUGCUCUCUUCUUAUGGAGCCAGUGGUAACCAGAGCCUCUCUCGCCAAUUUCUGUAGCGUCCCUGUAAUAGUGUUGUUGACUGAAGCGGUGUUGCAGUGAACCUUGUGCACCAGGAAAGCAGGAAGCCGGCCAGGAUGACUCGAACUCUGUGUAUGUUGUGUGUCUUCUUGUUCCUGUGGGGAUUCCUAAUUGAUGCAACUGAGAGAGCUGGGAAGAGAAAGAAUAACCGUGGCUCCCAAGGAGCAAUCCCCUCUCCAGACAAGGGUCAGCCCAACACCUCGGAGCAGGCUGGCAACCGGAGUAACGUGGAUGAGGUCUUGGAGUCAAGCCACGAGGCACUGCACGUUACCGAGAGGAAGUACCUGAAACGUGACUGGUGCAAAACUCAGCCCCUCAAGCAAACAAUCCACGAAGAGGGCUGCAGCAGCCGCACGAUCAUCAACAGGUUUUGCUACGGCCAGUGCAACUCUUUCUACAUCCCGAGGCAUGUUCGUAAGGAGGAGGGUUCCUUCCAGUCCUGCUCCUUCUGUAAGCCUAAGAGAUUCACCACCAUGACAGUCACUCUCAGCUGUCCUGACUUGCAGCCACCGACUAAAAAGAAAAGAAUCCAGAGAGUUAAACAGUGUCGUUGCAUUUCCAUAGACCUCAACUAGAGCUACGACCACACUGUACCACUAACGUAACUCAGCAAUUCAUCAUUACUAUACCACAAGCAAAAUGACAGGGACACGCACAGUUACACGUGGUUGGAUCCUCAAUCACCUGUAUUUUUCAAGGACUUGGAUCAAAAUCGGAACCCCCAAGUAGAUAAUUUCCACCGUGUGGAAUGUGAAUAGUCAAGAAAGAAGGAUAUGAAUAUUUAAAUAAUUAUUUCAAAGCUUUUUGUUCAGAAUGUUAUGGGUAUUUAAUAAUGUUAUUUCUGUUUUAUUGAGAGAGAUUGUAUUCAGCAUAAUUAUGCCCAUAAUGUUGCAUAAGGUUGACCGAAAGGGACGUUAUUUCUGGCACAGAUAAAAGUUUACAGAAGGUUAAUUCAAGUCACCCAGAAAAAUGUACCUGCACCAGCUUGUGUGUGGAAGAUAUUUGAACUGUUGAAAGAUCAGUGCUAUUUAUGUAAUAACUUUUCCAGCACAUCUUUGUGUGUGCUCCCAUUAAUUUGCAAUGGGAAUUUGAGAGGGCAGGAAUGAACACCUAUUCCUUAGCGGGAUGACACACUUGGGUUCCCACUGUUUUUACCCGGAGAUGGCAGCAUUAGUGUAAAGCCGUCUUUAUAAUUGCCAAAUGCACAAAAUAUCCCUCGACUCAAAGGUUAAAAACAAAGCAUAAUUAUUCACAAAUCAUUUACCUAUAACAGAAUGUAAAACACAAACAUUAUUAAUCAACAUGUAGGUUUAGUAAGGCAGACAAAAUGUGGUCUGGUUUCAGAACCACAGUUUCAUUUCUUUCAAUAAUCAGUUAUUAUUAGAUUCCUGUAUUCUCUUGGCAUGUUUUUAUUACAGGAUAUUUUGUUAGAUGCUUGAAAUGUGUCGGCCUACAUCGGAGCCAAUGAGAACCAAUAAUAAACAGUAGCUAAGACUAUAAUUGUAAAAGAAAAAAAGUUAAUGUUUUUUUUUGGCUUUUAAUUUAAUGCAGCUUGUAGGAGUAUAAUACUUAUUGUUUUCUGCUGUAAAGAUUUAAAUUGCAUCUUUUUUUACUUACUGCUGUAAUAGAAUUGUGGGAUGAACAGGGGACACAGCGAAAGACAUCACAAUGUGCUGGAAUGUGGGGUCUCUCACCUGUGAUACUCCUUAAUGUAGAGGCGAAGCGGCAACAACAAUAACAACAACAAAAAAAUCACAUUUAUAGAUCGUCUUUCACAACGCGCUGGCAAGCAAAUGCUAAGGCGCUGGCAAGCAAAUGCCUGGAGCUUCCCCAGAAAGAGAAUGAGAGCCAACCUUCUCUAGGCUGUUCUCACUGACCUCCCAGUGAGUCACAACACUUUGUUGAGGCCUGGGAUUAAGCCACUCAUUCGCCCUAUUGACUGCAGUCGUUUCAUGACCUGGACAAAUUAAGGGAAAGGGGAAUGAAAAGAAAAAGGAGACAUAGCUGGUCUCACAAAAAAAAAGUCUGAUAAAGUACAACUGGGAUUUUUUUUGACAAUAGCAGAGUGGAUCUCAUUCUAGAGUAGAAUUUGUUCAGACCAGAACAGUUGUUGUAAAAUAGAAGCUAUUCUUACCGGAGAAAGAGAGAGAAAAAUAAAACAUAAUUCAGAUUAAAUUUGUUUAUGCCAAACAAGCUUCCAGCCUGCGAUCUCUGUGUUCCAAGGUGCAGCAUAGAUUCAUAUUGAUGGUUCAAUUGGCAUUAAACAAAAAUGAGUCUGGGUUCGACAUGGUUGACAACAUGUCUAAUUUUGCAUUGUAAAUUUUUAGUUUUUUUAUUGAAAGAAAACAGUAGUCAGCCAACUCAUUUCUUUUCAAUUCACCGGGAAAGAAUAGAAUAUUAGGGUCAGUGUGUAAUGCCACUGCUUUAUUAUCUGAUUGUAUUGCUCUGUAAGUCUUAAAAACUCCAGAAUAGAAUCAUAUACUGAAUGGGAAACCAAUAAUGACCACAGACUGAUCACACCACUCUACACAAUAUAAACCGGAAUGCAGAUUGAACAGUCUGUAAUUAUUAAUAAAAUUUAAUUAGUUGGUUUAAUAACAUUAAAUAAUGACCACUGUACAUAUUUAUGCUCACUUGUGCAUUGUAAUUACUGUACUACAUUUUACUAUAGCAUGAUCUGCAGACUUAUGUUUAACUUCACAACCUCAUUCAGUUAUGGCAAGCAGAACCAAGAAGUCAUAAAGAUUUUGUAACUGAACGGAAUCAGAUUUCAUUCCAAGCGUUUUAUACGCCAUGUUAACUCUUAAUACACAAAUAAAAACUACCUUUCUAA